AUGGGUAACCAGCAGUCUAAUAUGGGCGGCGGCCAAGGAGGAGAUGGUCGUGAUGAUAAGGAUAAGAAGAAGGACAAGCCUAGAUACGAGCCCCCUCCACCUCCAACCACUCGCAUUGGAAAGAAGAAGCGCAAGGCCGCUGGUCCCAGCACUGCCGCCAAGCUUCCCGAUAUCUAUCCAACAUCGCGAUGCAAGCUACGAUACCUCCGAAUGCAACGAGUUCACGAUCACCUGCUGCUCGAGGAGGAAUACGUCGAGAACAUGGAGCGAUUGCGCAAGGCCAAGGCCCAGGCUACCCAGGGUACCGUCGACCGAGGUGACUUGGAUGUGAUGGACCGCAACGCUGAUGAGCGGAGUCGAGUCGAUGAUAUGCGUGGCAGCCCGAUGGGCGUCGGUAACCUGGAGGAGCUGAUCGACGAUGACCAUGCUAUUGUUUCUAGUGCAACUGGCCCAGAGUACUACGUCUCAAUCAUGUCUUUUGUCGACAAGGAUCUUCUCGAGCCUGGUGCCAGCAUCCUGCUGCAUCACAAGUCCGUGUCGGUCGUUGGUGUCUUGACGGAAGAGUCUGACCCUCUCGUGUCCGUCAUGAAGCUCGACAAGGCCCCAACCGAGUCAUAUGCUGACAUUGGUGGUCUGGAACAACAAAUUCAAGAAGUCCGAGAGUCCGUCGAGCUGCCGUUACUACACCCCGAACUGUAUGAGGAGAUGGGCAUCAAGCCACCCAAGGGUGUCAUUCUCUACGGUGCCCCCGGAACGGGAAAGACACUUCUUGCGAAGGCUGUCGCCAACCAAACAAGCGCUACCUUCCUGCGUAUUGUCGGUAGUGAGCUGAUCCAGAAGUAUCUGGGUGAUGGCCCGCGUUUGGUUCGCCAGAUCUUCUCAGUCGCUGCUGAUCAUGCUCCUUCGAUUGUGUUUAUUGACGAGAUUGAUGCCAUCGGUACUAAGCGUUACGAAUCGACAUCUGGUGGUGAGCGAGAGAUCCAGCGUACCAUGCUGGAACUGCUUAACCAACUGGAUGGUUUCGAUGACCGCGGUGACGUGAAGGUCAUCAUGGCCACUAACAAGAUCGAAACCCUGGAUCCGGCUCUGAUCCGACCCGGUCGUAUUGAUCGUAAGAUCUUGUUCGAGAACCCUGACCAAACCACCAAGAAGAAGAUUUUCACCUUGCACACCUCAAAGAUGUCCCUGGGUGAUGACGUUGACCUGGAUGAGUUCAUCAACCAGAAGGAUGACCUAUCCGGUGCCGAUAUCCGUGCCAUCUGUACCGAAGCUGGUCUGAUGGCCCUGAGAGAGCGUCGCAUGAGGGUGCAGAUGGAUGACUUCCGUUCCGCCCGGGAACGCAUUAUGAAGAACAAGCAGGAUGGUGGCCCUGUGGAGGGACUGUACUUGUAA